GAUUUCUAGAACGUUUGGGCAAAUUGUUCUAACGGGGGUUUCAGUGAACAGAACCUGGAUUCUAGCUUUUAAGAAAAUCUUGAAGUUUGGUACACCCAAACUUUUGAUUUAAGUGCUGAGAAGUUCAAGUGUCAUUCGUCGCCAUCCGUACAAUUAGGGGGAGAGAUAAUCACGACGAGAUAAAACGGAUGAAACGUAACCGUCUGUGUGAAUCAACCAGAAAAUAAAAGAAAAACAGCAGCAACAAUACACUUGUCUCUGGAAGAGAAAGUGGAUUAGCGGAGCUGUCUUUAAGUGAAUCAUUGAUAAAAAAGGAGGUCCGGAAGAAGAAAUCAGUUCGAAGGUAGAAAGUUUUCAACCGAGAAGAGGUGACAGAAAGUGUCUCAAGAGUGUGUAACUAGAAAGUGUGAGAGUAGUUGCGUAAUCGAAACGUCGAGUGUUGAAGUUUGCUUCGGAGCAGCUUGUACAUUGGCAAACUGCAGCCAAGAGGAACAGCGUGAAGGAUAUCCCGCUGCAGGAUGAAGCUUUUCGUUGUGUUGAUCGCCGCAUUGGCAUGUUAUCAGAUCGCAGAGGCCAAAAACGAAACUGACAGCACAACGCAGAAGGCGGAAGCUGUCAGUUCCACAACUAGUGCAACAUCCAAGAAGGCGGUGGAAUCUACGACCACCAAGAAAUCCGACGAUGUCGAAGCCGGACUAGACGCUCGAGGGAAGCGAAAUCUAGAACUGGGCAACCAUCUCGGUUACAACUACUAUCAAACGGUGCCAUAUCAUGCCGCCGAUCGGCGCAUUUCGAACGCUUUUCAGGAAUCGAAACCCUACUACCACCAUCAGAGCAACUUCAUACAGCAUCCGUCCGGUCCUGGACCAGCGUACCACGGAUUUGAAAGUGACCUUUCCAAUUCGGUGAACAGUUUCCAACCGCAUCCACAACAUCGCCAUCAACCGGUUUAUGUUGAGGCUCCAGAGCCAAUCAUUGAAAUUAUUAUCAAGGAAAGCAAUGAGUCUACGCCAUAUGAGCAUCAGCCGAUUGUCCCCAACUCUAACAAGAAAAAGGAAGAGGUACAGGUAUUCUAUGUGAAGUAUCAUAAGGACGAGCGAAAUGGAAUUGUUUUGGAUACACCAGUUCCUGCUUUGAAACCGAUCCCGGACGAGAGUGAAGAGGAAGAAGAUCCAUCUUCCCUGGUUCAAACUCCUAUUGUAGUCACCCCGUCUCCACCUCAAAAAACUACCACUUUGAGAGCGAUCAUCAAUCCAGAUUCGGAAAAGUACCACAGUAACAGUGGAAUUCGCAUCUCAUUCGGAGUAGAAGAUAAGCACCAAGCUGGUCAUCAGAUUUCGGAAUCAGAAAGUGAAAGCGUUGCUCAACCUGUCGUAGCUUUGCCAAACGGUGCUCAAGCGCAUCCUCAAGCUCAUCACCAGAUUCAGCACCAGCACCAAACUCAGGGACAGCAGCAUUUCCAAAACAACCACUACAAAUCAGAUCAGUUCUAUCACCAACAUCAACAAUUCUUGCAGCAGCGAUCUUUCCCUACUCCGGUUCCUUACGCCUCGCAGCAACAGCAACAAUUCUUCCCGCAGCCUCCUCAAGUCCAGCAGAACUUCGUCCAAAACUUUGGACCAUCUACACAGCCUCCAUUCCGUGCUCAGAAUCAGUACCAGUUCCAGCAAUUCCAGCCACAGCACCGCUUCCAACCUUUCGACCAAGGACGUAACUUCGCUCAACCACAACCUCAACCUCAACCCCAACCUCAACCCCAGCCUUUGCCACAGCCACAACAUCAACAUCAGCACCAACAGCAGCAGCAGCAACAACAAUUCAGAGCUCAAGCUCCUCCUCCACCACCACAAAACCUUGUCCUCCAACCACCACUUCGCAACCCAUCCCAAGCACACACCCAAUUUGUACCACAACCCCAGCAAAUUCGUCAACAGCCUCAAGAUUUCCAGCAACACCACCAACAGCACCAUCAACAGCAACCCAAACCUAUUCCAAUCCCGCUACACAACAUCAACAAUCAACCUCCACUACGACAACAAUACACUCAACAACAGCAAACGCAGUUCAACCAACCCUUCAAUUUCAUUAAACAACAACAGAGUCCAUUCCUGCAGAAACCCGCUAUCCAAAAUCUUCCUCCUCCACCACCUCGAUUCCAGGAACAACCACGACCCGUGUCAACCCGAGGAAACUUCAUUGAAAACCCUGCUCGACCAAUCCAAGGAGGCCUUGUGCAACAGGCAGCACCAAACCUAGGAACAACUCGGGCUCCAGAACACCACACCAGUGCUCAAGAUCAUCAGAACAACAUCCAAAAUGUCCUCCCCAUCGGUGGAGAACUCGUUCAAAGUGUUCCCAAAUACGAAACUCACAUUACCGAGCACAUCAAACAUAACGGUCAAAAGCAGAGCUUUGUAUCCACCGAGUAUGCCCAAGGUCCCUCCUUUAACAUCCAACCCUCCCAGGAGCUGAUCAGCCACUCGAUCGCCCCUCAGUUCGAAAGCAACUCCCAGAGAAAUUUCGUACCCAGCUCUACUCCCGCUUCUCAAUCUCUGCCCACGCCGCAGCAGUUUGUCAGUCAAGCCGUCCCAACUCCUCAAAUCAUCCCGAACUCCGAACCGAUCAAGCAAAGCUAUCGUCUAGCCAACCAAGUAUCCCAACUGAUAAACGUUUCCCCCAGGACAACCUUCCAACAGCAACAACCUCAAAUUCAACCCCAAUCCCAGCCCCAGCCACAACCCCAACCGCAACCAAAACUACAGCCUCAACCUCAACCACAAGUCCAACCAAAAUUCGUUUGGAAUGGUGGCGCAGUUGUUCCAGCUAACCAAGCCCAAUCAUUCCCAGCUCCUUCUCAACCGCAGGUCCAAUCCAACUUCCAGAUACAAUUCCGCCAAGCCCAACCCCAACAACCUCAACCUCAACCUCAAUUCCAGCAACAAGCUCAACCUCAACAACCACAGCAAUACAGCUUCCAGCAAAAAACUCAACAACCACCACAAUACUCGUUCAGUUCCACCACCUUCCAAACUCAACCCACCACCCCUAGACCAACUUCACCGUCUACCACUGCUCGUCCAACGACCACCGAAUCCACCACCGAAUCCGAGAAGAAACAGAAAGCCAUCCUAGACCUCCCGGAUGAAGUCCCCGAUCACAUCCGGGAACAUCUCCUGAGCUCCGGAAUUCUUGAUAACGCUGACAUCAGCGUCCUCGACUACGACAAGCUCGGAGAAACCGCCCUCGAAAACCUGCCCCCAGAGCACCUCGCCAACUUCUUCAGCUCCGGUGGAGGUUCCCAACUGGCCGGAUCCUCGAACGUCCUCUCCGUGGUCAAACCCAACGGCGAAAAGGUCCAGGACAAGUUUAUCUCCAAAAACUACGACGUCAAGGACAAAAAAGUGAAAUAUGUCUUCGGCGAACAAGUCGACUCCGAACCCACCAUGCCACUUAAACAGAACGUCGACCUCAAAGUCGUCCGUUUCGACUCCAACACCCAGAAGAACAUCACCGACAAGUACAUUAAAAACGACUCCACCAUCCUUCCCUCGGUCGACAUUGCCGACGAAAAUGAAGAAUCCGAAAAUCAAGCUUACAACCGAUAUCUCCCCCUCAAAAUCAACGGAGCUCAGUUCCCGAUACCGGACGUUCCCGAACUGCGUGGCCGUCGCAUCAGCAGCGUUGUAGUUCUAGCUCCAGUGGAUAACAUCAUGAACAAUCCGAACAACAGCUUUGUGAUCAACGCGGAAGCGGAAACCAUCGCGAGCGAUGACGAUGGAGAGGAUGGUGCCGUUGAGCAGUCUCGCUUCGAAAGGGAUACGGUAAUAGAUGCGCAGAAAGUUAAGUUCAUUGCGGGGGAAGCGCUGAAGCAGCUGAUCAAGAAACCGUCAACCGAAAACUUCAAGCGGUGGCUGGAACGGGAGGGCAAGACCGAUGUCGACCUGCAGAGCGUGGUGUUGCUGGUUACCAAGAACUUGAAAAACGAGCAGGAAAUCUUCAUGUACGACAUCUCUUCGAAGGCCGUAACUCACCUGAACGGAGAACUGUCGCAGGCUUUCGUUAAAGUGGCCGAGGAGAACGCUCGAUCCCAGAACCUGGAGGAAGUUCCGAUCGUUGACACCGGCAUCCUGGAACAAAUGGAAUCCACCGCUGCCGUCUACAAUGGCAAGGACGAAGAUCUCUACAGCAUCCAGGAUGAUACAUCCGGAUCGUCGGUGGAGCUCGAUGACGAAGAAGCCGAGGGCUCGGAAAAUGUCGAAACGGUUGUUAAAUUCGAUCAGAAACCCAUGUACGUGUAUCCCGUUAAUAGCAAAUCCCGAAAUGUGCAUAUCAACUCCGGCUACAGUAGUAUUCAAAAUUAGGACGGUGUUAUUUUUUUUGUUUUCAAACAUUUAGGACGAUGAAUGAAUGCAUGUUGAGCGAGUCGUCGUGAGUCUUGUCUUAUAGUUCAAACUCUUCUUUCUUCUAUAGGCCGUGAGAAUGCGUUGAACAGUCGAGAUUAGAAAUGUUCGUGCGGAGAGAUUGCGAUUUUUUUUCUGUUCUUGUAGCUAGCUUUAACAUUCAAACGAUUUCGACUAUGUAGAACAAACAAAACAGCUACGCGCACCUAAAUAAUUGCAUAAGUAAGGUUUCGCACAGCGAAUUUCUAGGAAAUUUACCCUUUAGCUCUUAGUUUAGUUAAGCCCAGCAGAACGAAUGACAGCUACUUUUGUACAUAGGAUAAAUUCUUAUAACUUCACCAGUUGCCAGAUUCGAAUAGAUUGUCUAGACACAUGCUAAUGAUGUUGCACUAUCAGUAGUUAGCAGAUAUAGUAGUGUAACAACUGAUUGCUCAUAGAAAUAUGUAGAAGCUUCAAUUUCUAACAUGAUCUGAGUUUGAUCAUCUCUUCAAUGAAAAUUAAAUUUAUUUUAUUUGAUUGAUGAGUUGAUCCCGAACUUGAGCAAACUCAAAUGCAGAAAUGACAGCAGAAGUCAGUAGAUUUUAGGUAAAUCUAUCGAUAGAUUUUUAGUCGAUUGUUUUUGCAUGUUUCGGUAGUACACUGCGUAAGUGAAUGGUUAAUUUCAACGUGUCUUAAGUUAUGAAAUUAAAGUAAAUACUCUCUAUUUUCCCUAAAAUUUCUUGCUUCAAAAUUCCAAAUCUUAAACUUUAAAUUUCUGAGUGGUUUGUUAUAAAUUAUUAUUUCGUAAAGAAUGUUUUUAUGGACAGAAGAUUUCUUUUUGGCCGUUACUUCGAUCAAGGUUUUAAAAUUAUAGCAAUAGUAUUUAUCAACAUUAACAAAUUUGGACACACGCUUGAAAGAAACGUUAAAAUUUGCAAAUAACGAUUCUUACAAAGUAGAUGUAAUUCGUCAGUGUAUUUCUAUGUUCUUAAUAAAUAAAUAAAUGAAA